AGGCAUUGCCAACCAAAACCUUAGCUCCGCAAAAUGAGAAAGUUACUGGACACAAACAGCGGAAGGAACGAGUCACAGUAGCUUUUUGUGCAAAUGCAAGUGGGACCCACAAAUUAACGCCGUUAGUUGUUAAUAAAUACAAAAAACCUAGAGCGUUAAGAAAUAUAAUGGAUAAUUUACCAGUCAUAUAUAAAUUCCAAAAAAAUGCUUGGAUGACUCGCGAGUUAUUCGCAGAUUGGUACGAUAAUCAUUUUAAACCAAGCGUCCGGAAUUUUCAGUUAGAAAACGGGAUUUUAGGAAAAACAAUUUUAUUACUUGACAACUGUUCGGGACAUAAAAUGCCAGAAAAUUACUCAGAGGAUGAGAAUUUUGUGAUAAUGUAUUUGCCGCCAAAUACAACGUCAGAGUUAUUACGAAGUUCCCAUCAAAACGAAAAAAGAUUGUCAUUGGAAAUGGCAGUUGAAGAACCAAGUGAUGUGGACAAUAGGGAAACCAAUGAAGAAGCGGACAAUAAUGCAGAAGAGGAAGCAAAAGAAAAGGGUAAUGAAGAUGACCAGUCGCCAGAAGACAGUGGCAUAAAAUUAAAUGCCGAAGAAAGAAACGAAUUAAAUUUAUUAUUUGGGACAUUAGAAAAUUAAGUACCGCGGAUGCCACCAUCAGCCCGACUACAAGUUCAGUCAUUGAAAAUGACCCUUUUAGGAAGUAAGAAAUAAAACGAAGAUGCAGACGAAAAUUUCUAGAAAGGUAACAGCAUUAAUUACAGGUAAGUGUUAACAUUACAUUUUUUACAUUAAUAGUUAAUUGUAUUAAAUAUUAAGACACAAUGUACAUAUUGCAUAAAAACAGCGUGUGGUGCAAGAUUUUCUUUUUUACUGCUCCAAUUCCAACGGAUAAUGUUAGGAAUUCGUAUCCCUCUUGGGGCCCCCGCAUGCGCCGGGGAAGGACCCCCGUGGGGGUUUUAGUGGGUAAAAAUCCCACAUUACCCCGUGCCCUUUCCCAAGGGUGCGGGAUAUUUUUGGAAGAUUUC